AUGGCGUGGUCCAAGUCGACGCGGAUCAGCAUCAUGCUGGCCAUCGAUGUCGUCUUCUUUCUCGUCGAGUUGAUUGUUGGCUUGGUCGUCAAGUCGCUGGCCCUGACUGCCGAUGCCUUCCACAUGCUCAACGACAUCAUUUCUCUCUGUGUCGGACUCUGGGCCGUCGCCGUCGCAAGAAAGGCUACUACCGACAAGUACUCCUACGGUUGGUUGCGAGCCGAGAUUCUCGGCGCCUUCUUCAAUGCCGUCUUCCUCAUCGCUCUCUGCGUCUCUAUUAUUCUCGAGGCCAUUACCCGAUUCUUUGACCCUCCCGAAAUCGAAAACCCCGUCCUUAUUCUCGUUGUUGGUGCAUUCGGCCUUGCCUCCAACCUCGUCGGCUUCUUUGUCCUCGGCGGCCAUGGCCACUCCCACGGCGGCGGCCACGAUCACGAUCACGGCGACGGCGAGCACGACCACGGACACGAUCACCCCCACUCUGCAGAACACGCUGCCGAGGAAGGCCGCGCCCAUGUCUCGCACGCUACGGACAACGAUGGUGGCAACGUUGGCGAUGUUCUUCCUGAAGCCAUCGUCGCUAGAGCCUCCGCCGGUGCCAACCCUGAGACGCCCCGUCGCAUUCGCUUCGAUGGGGAGUCCGACCCGUCGGGCCGAGCCCAAAGCCGCACAUCGGCCACCUCCAAGAGCCAGAACCGAAGAAACAGCUCGCGAAACCACUCGCGUCUCACUAGCAUUGAAGACAUUAGCAUCUAUCCUUCAAGCUUCCGCCAGGAAAUCAUUGACGCCAGCCGUUCUCAGCGUGACGGACAGGAAUCGACCACGAGCGAGAGCGAGGUCGAGGAGACCGUCAUCGAGGAUGGCGAGCCUGAUGAGCAGUCGCCUCUGCUCAAGUCUAAGGGCAACGACCACUCCUACAUGAUCGAGAACUCCCGUGGCCGAUCCUCCCACAAGCAUUCGAGACGCGAGUCCAGCCUUCACAUCGACCACAACCACAACAAGGAGCGCAAGAAGGCCUCUGGCGGCCACGGCCACGACCACGGCGAUAUGGGAAUGAACGCCAUGGUUCUUCAUGUCAUUGGUGAUGCUCUUGGUAACGUCGGUGUCAUUGUCACCGCUCUUAUCAUCUGGCUGACCGAUUGGCCUGGCCGUUUCUAUGCCGAUCCCGCUGUCUCUCUGUUCAUUACUCUCAUUAUCCUCAAGUCCGCCAUCCCCCUCACGAAGGCGACCUCCAAGGUCCUUCUCCAGGCUACCCCCGACAACAUCGACCUUCAAGAGAUCCGCGAGGACAUUGAGAAGUUGGAAGGUGUCAUCAGCUGCCACCACGUUCACGUCUGGCAACUCUCCGAUACCAAGAUUGUUGCCUCUCUUCACGUCCAUGUCAACUUCCCAAUCUCCGCCGAGAACGGCGAGAAGUACAUGAAGCUUGCAAAGUCGGCCCGCAGAUGUCUCCACGGCUUCGGCAUUCACGCGGCCACCAUCCAACCCGAAUUUUGCGGUGAUGACGAGCACCACAAUGUCACUGAGCCUGAGCGCAUUACUCAAUACGAUGGCACUGCCAUUGCUGGCUCGCCAAAGCAGACUUGUCUGUUACAGUGCGUAGACAAUUGCGAAGCAGGUGGCUGUUGUACCGAGUCUACAGCUGCUGGAAGUGUGCGCAGCCAGUCUACCCAUAGCCAUGACGGCCACGACCAUGACCACGGCAACGGUCACAGCCACGACGACCAUGGACACUCUCAUUAA